AUGCAAAGCUUCCGUUUGCUCGUGUUCCUCGCUUGUUUUACAAUCUGCCAAAGCGAGCCCGAACCGCCUCGGGUGAGGGUUCGCCGAUUGGGAACCGUUCUGGGAACCCAUGAAACGCUGUGGUUUAAUAAUCAGACAGUGGAAGUGUUCCGGGGGAUUCCUUUCGCCGAGCCCCCGAUUGGGAUGCGGCGUUUCAGAGAAACGCAGCUCGUCGAGAAGUUCCCCUACUCCCCCUUCAAUGCGAGCGAAUAUCCGCCGGCCUGCAUUCAAAUCUACGCCAAUUUCACUCAAGACGAAGACUGUCUUUAUUUGAAUAUCUGGAGACCGGCUGUGAGACGAACGAAGCUACCGGUGAUCGUUAUGAUUUACGGGGGGGCCUUCAUCGUGGGCCACUCGAGAAGUCCAAACUACAGUGGACUUCCUCUGACGGCCCUUCACGAUGUGAUCGUGGUGAAUUUCAAUUACCGACUCGGCGCAUUCGGCUUCUCUGACUUGUCGGAAAUCGUGAACCUACCAGGGAAUCAAGGCUUCCUGGAUCAGAGAUUAGCGAUAAAGUGGGUUAAAGAAUUUAUCGAGGACUUCGGGGGCGACCCGACCCGAAUCACUCUUAUGGGCUGCAGCGCCGGAGCUGUCGGGGUCUCCUACCAUCUCAAGUCGCCGCUCAGCCAAGGAUUGGUCAGGGGAGCCGUUAUGGAUGCGGGAGUUCUCUCCACGAAACGCCUGGAAACAGUUCGAAGCUCUCUGCGGAGGAUGAUCCGCUUAGCAGUGAAGGUCGGCUGUAAUUCGACCAGGCCGCACCAGUUGCUUCGCUGCCUUCGAAAAGUUCCUGCGGCAGUGAUCAACGAUGCAUCCAUGACCGUCAUGGAUUCCCCUCUACUGAGUUUUCGGCCGACAAAGUUCCCCGAAGAACUCCUCGAGGCAGUAUCGGGGAACGUUUCCGUCUUUCUCGGUCACUCAGGUAGCGAAGGCCUCACGCUCGUGUCGAAUGGUUUCGGAAUCAACGAUCCCCUGCCCGAAUUCCGCUCGACUCACGAAGCUGUCGAAUGGUGCAAAGUACUCCUCAUGUCUGGCUUACGGGAGUUUGAGGAGAACAUCGAAAGCCAGUGGUCUCAGUUUAAAGAUUUCUUGGAUCGGUUGUACUUCAAGGGUUACGAACACAGUCUCGUGGAUCGAGCCGCGCUCUUUCUCGGAGACAUGUAUUUCCACUGCUCAAUGUUGAGUUCCUACAAAACCACCCCGGUUUCCACGUUCUACGUCUUCGAGAGAGCUUUCAAGAAAAACGUCUUCUGGGACAACGAUCCCGAGAUUUACAAAUCGUUCCAUAUGACAGCUCAUAUGCACUUCGUGGGGUCCCAGUUGCUGACGCUGAGAGAUGAGAUUCAUCCGGAAGAUCUCGCAUUCACCCUGAAAUCCAUGGAGUGGAUCGCCGAUUUCGCCUCGCAUUCGUCGGUAGCUGGCAUUCCCAGGACCUCAUACCCCGCCGUUGUAUCGAUAGAUUCUGAAAUUCGUCGCUCGAAACAGCAUGAAGCUCUCGAUAGAUGUCGACAUUUGAAGGAGUUUUUCAAGGGGCGCGGAUUGGAUAUUUUUGAAUAAAACUUUUCUAGGAGAG